CUUGAGCCUCUUUUUCUAAAUUCACAAACCAUCUCUCCACCACGUGUUACGACAAGCCUAUAAACACAGCUGGCCAAACUCUCUGUCUGGUACAGCUUCCUCCGCCCUCGAAAAUAACACAACACCUCUCCCGUCCGCAUAACAAACACAACACAAGCGGCCCCCCACCAUGGCCCAAGUCAACCUCGCACCCGCUGCGAUGCCCGAGGGCAAGAAGCGGAUUGCUGUCAUGACUUCCGGAGGUGACUCUCAGGGAAUGUCUGGUGCUGUGCGUGCUGUCGUCCGCCAAACCAUCGCCUCUGGCUGUGACGCUUUCGCCGUGUACGAAGGUUAUGAAGGUCUCGUCCAGGGCGGUGACAUGAUCAAGCAAAUGCGUUGGGAAGACGUACGUGGAUGGCUUUCAGAAGGUGGUACCCUGAUCGGUACAGCAAGAUGCAUGUCCUUCAAGGAGCGCCCUGGCAGACUUCAAGCAGCCAAGAACAUGAUUGACAAGGGCAUUGAUGCCUUGGUCGUCUGUGGUGGUGACGGUAGUUUGACCGGCGCAGACAGGUUCAGAGGCGAGUGGCCCAGCCUGGUUGAAGAACUGGUGUCCAACGGCACCUUCAAGAAGGAGGCCGUCGCGCCUUUCAGACAUCUCAACAUUGUCGGUCUGGUCGGAUCAAUCGACAACGACUUGGCCGGUACCGAUGCCACUAUUGGAUGCUACUCAUCGCUCCAGCGUAUCUGCCAGGCUGUCGACUACAUUGAUGCUACCGCUUUCUCCCAUCAGCGUGCCUUUGUCGUCGAGGUCAUGGGUAGACAUUGUGGUUGGCUCGCCUUGAUGGCUGGUGUUUCCACUGGUGCUGACUUUGUUUUCCUCCCGGAGAACCCUCCUUCAGAGAACUGGGAGACUGAGAUGUGCGACGUUAUCCAGCGCCACCGCAAGCUUGGAAAGAGAAAGACGAUUGUCAUCGUUGCCGAGGGCGCCCACGACCGUCAGCUGAAUGCCAUCUCGCCCAACAAGGUGAAGGAUCUGCUUGCUGGCAAGCUCGGUCUCGACACCAGGGUCACCACUCUCGGUCACGUACAGCGUGGUGGUACCGCCGUUGCUUACGACCGUAUGUUGGCUACUCUUCAAGGUGUUGAGGCUGUCAAGGCUGUCCUCGACUCUACCCCUGAAACACCCAGUCCCGUCAUCUGCAUAGUCGAGAACAAGAUCGUUCGCAAGUCGUUGAUGGAAGCUGUCAAAUUGACCCAAUCUGUUGCCGAAGCCAUCGAACGCAAGGACUUCAAGUCUGCCAUGAAGCUUAGAGGUGCCGAGUUUGACGAAUACUGGACUGCAUACAGCACCACUGUCUCCACCGACAAGCAGGAGCUUCUUUUGCCCAAGGAGAAGCGUCUGCGUGUCGGUAUCAUCCACGUUGGAGCUCCCGCUGGUGGUAUGAACGCUGCUACCCGCGCCGCUACCGCCUAUUGCCUUACCCGUGGCCACACCCCCAUCGCUCUCCACAACGGAUUCCCCGGUCUUGCCCGUCACUACAAGGAUGAGGAAAGCUCGGUCCGCGAGAUCAAGUGGCUCGACGCCGAGAACUGGGCCAGCAAGGGUGGUUCCGAGAUUGGAACCAACCGUGCUACUCCCUCCGAGGACUACGACGGUGUCUCUGAUGCCCUGAAGUACCACAACAUUGAUGCUCUGUUCGUCAUUGGUGGUUUCGAGGCCUUCACUGCCGUUUCCGAGCUCCGCAAGGCCAGACGCGACUACGAUGCAUUCAAGAUCCCCAUCGUCAUUCUUCCCGCUACCGUCUCCAAUAACGUCCCCGGUACUGAAUACUCCAUUGGUAGCGACACCUGCUUGAACGCCCUGAUCGACUACUGCGAUGCCAUCAAGCAGUCCGCUGCUGCCUCGCGUCGUCGUGUCUUCGUCGUCGAGACACAGGGUGGUGCUUCCGGCUACAUUGCCACCAUCGCCGGUCUCUCCAUCGGAGCCGUCGCCGUCUACACGCCUGAAGAGGGCAUCCACCUCAAGAUGAUCGCCUCGGACAUUGAGCACUUGAAAGAGCAAUUCGCAAAGGACAAGGGUCAAAAUCGUAGUGGAAAGAUCAUUCUCCGUAACGAAAAGGCAUCAAAGACUUAUACCACCGAGAUCAUUGCCAACAUCAUCCGCGAGGAGAGCGGUGGCAAGUUCGAUUCGCGUUUCGCGGUUCCUGGUCACGUGCAGCAGGGUGGUAUUCCUUCGCCCAUGGACCGUGUUCGUGCCGUCCGUUUCGGUGUCAAGAGCAUGCAGCACAUUGAGUCCUUUGCUGGAAAGAGCAAGGACGAGAUUGCCAAUGACCCUCUGUCGUGCGCAGUGAUAGGAAUCACUGGCGCUCAAGUCCAGUUCUCGGGUAUGGAGAAGGUUGAGAAGGAAGAGACUGACUGGAAGGACCGUCGCCCUAAGAACGAGUUCUGGAUGGACUUGGUGUCGAUUGUGGAUACUCUUUCUGGACGUCCCCGUCCCAAGAAGGAGGAUGCCAUUGCUGCCGGCCUGCCUGCAUAGGCUUUGAACUCCUCGUCGAGUUGUUCUCUUGAAUCAUGAUUGCUAUGAUUUCCUUCUUGUUCUCUCCUCUAUUUCCAUGUCUUGUGGCUAGAAGCCCGGGCGUGGUUGUUAUCAUCAUUAUAUUAGGCUUUGUAGUCUUUAGAAAGUUUUUUUUAUGCAUAGAAUCAAUUAAAUUUCCUUCCAUCAAAACCG